AUGGCCUCAAACAUUGCUUCGGCGGACCCGCCUAUGGCACUUGGCCGUCGACAGGAAUUGCAGCAGCUUCGCAUCCCGUUCCGUGUUCUCCCACAUGAGAUUCUCUUUACGCCAAGGUUGGGAAAUAUCAUGAGUAAGCAGCAACUGUGCAACUACGUGGAUGGCCUACUGGAUGAACUUGCCCAUCAGUAUCCCACGACCGUCUCACCCCAACCAGGUGUGUGGAAGCUCGUCAGAGACAAUGUCGACGUAGACUUGGACAAAUGGGACCCUUCUAGUCUGGAGCUGGACAAGGCUCUUUUUAUUACUUCAAUACAUUAAAAUCUCCCGUGCGAUUGUUGCAAGCACGACUGCAACACGCAACGGAUCGUGGACGUGGGACAACGGGAUGACGUCUGUCCAUUUUUCGGAUCGGGACGCAUUUGUGCUUGAAGGCUAUAACCACAUCCUUGUAGUCCUUCGUUGCCAAACGAAGCUUAAGAUAUCAAACAAGAAAAAGAGGAUAGAGGAGACAAGCCAUACCGUAUUCAUUCUAACGACAUACACAGUGCAAGACUUGCUGAGGUUGAUACGGGCCAGCAAUGUUUGCAGCAUCUUUGUAGAGUCUCACGAGGAUAACUUACGUUGGAGUGGCUCGUCUGCAAGCGAAUUAGGCUGGCAACACGGCACUGUACUGAGACUAGAACUGUGGUAGAUGGGAAUGAGCGACACGGCGAACGUUCGCAAAUCUAGGUGUUUAUUGUAUAGGGGGCCGUUAGUGUAUUCGCGACUGAAUUUGUUUAAAUGUAGAGUUAGGUCACUUUGCCAAAGACUUAAGCUGAUAUGGAUCUUAAUAGGGGAAGUGAGAUUAAAAACUAUAAACAAUGAC